AUCAACAAAUCUUCAAACGUAAAACUUUUCUUUAUCACACAUAAUAAAAACAUAAAUUAAGACUAAAAAUAUUUAUCAUUACGAAUAAAAAUAAAAAUCAUGAACUGGUGUCCGGGAAUUAAUUUUCUAUUCAAAACAUAUGAUUUAACAACACGUGAUAAAUUGCAAACUGAAUUUUCCCAACAUUAUUUUUAUCCAAACAUUUGUCAUGUGUGCAAUUGUCAUGACAAUGAAGUGCCUCUUAAAAAAUGUGGUAAUUGCAAAAUGAUUUACUAUUGCAGUCAAGAUCAUCAAAGAUUACAUUGGCCCUUGCAUAAAGAAUUUUGUAAACAUGUUACAACCUUGAAACGUGUUUCUGAUGAAAAAAAUAUUGAAACCAAAAUGAAUUUGAUACUUUCAUUGGAAAAUAAUAUGAAGAAAAAAUUAGAACCAUACGAAAAUGAAAUGAUUGAAUAUCAAAAAUUUUGUGAUAUUUGUCACGAGAACGAUAAUAAUUUACAAUUAAUAGCUUGUUCUCAAUGUCCACAUGCAAAUUUCUGUCAAAAUCAUCAAAAUAAUGACGAACAUAAAGAAUUUUGCUCUCUCUAUACAAUGUGUUAUCUUCAAGAUUAUUAUUCUAUAGUUUUUCGUGAAAUGCCAAUUCCAAGAAUGAUGGAAUUCACGCCACGUGAUAAUACGGAAAUUGAAAAUUGUUUACCAAAUUCCAUGCAGGAUUAUAUGGAUAUUUAUUUUAAAUCACAAGAAAAAUCGAAAUUUUAUUUUCCAUCGAUGGAUGUAAAAGUAUAUGUUUCACAACAUUUUACAAGACCAUUGACACUAAUUUAUGCUAUGAGGGAAAUUGAAAUUGUCAAUAAAUUGCAAUCAAAUGAAUUUAUAAUUCAUGUAUUGGGCGCGAGUAAUCGUGAAGAAAAAUCAUUUAUCGAGUGGGAAAUUUUAUUUCAUUGGUUACCUCAACAAAUAAUGAAAAUUAAAGUUAUUCUUGUUGGACCUGAACUUACGAAUGAUGGUCCAUUUUCCGACGGAAAAGUAUUGGAUCUUUGUGCAAAUUGUUUUUCCAAAGGCAAAUCAUUGGAAUUACAAACUCAGAAUAUUUUAUAUAAAAAUUAUUGUGAGAGUGAAAAUUUUGUGAAACCUGACAUUUUAAUUGGUUUUAAUCUUGGAAUAAUAGCUUAUGAUUCCUGGGAAGAUUCAAUAUUAAAAGCUUUGAAAUUAAAAUGUCCAUUCAUUGUAACGGCAUUUUCGGAACGUGAUGCAAAGGACGAUCAAGGCUUAAUGCAAAGAAAAUUCAAUGCCAGUGCAACAAUAGUAAAAAAUCCCUUUGCAAGUUUAAGACCAAAAAGAAGUGUAAUUGGCGAGAGAGUAUUUUAUGAAAAUCAAUUCUUAAUGAUUUUCAUCGACGUAGAUGUUAAUUGUCUCCUUCCUGUGGAAAAUCAGGAAAAAAUAGUUAAUAAUUCAGAUCUUCAAAAUUUUAAUAAAAAAAUUGAAAUUAAAAAUCCAAUUGAUUGAAAAAAAAGAUUAAAAUGACAUUAAAUUAUUUUUUUUUUUAUUAAAAUCGACAUUUUUCAUUUUAAAGAAUUUCUUAUUAGUAUCAUCAAAAAAAAAAGAAUGAUUUUUGUUAUCAUUACAAUAUUUUAUAAGUUGAUUUAAAUUGUGAUUUUCACAAAAACUGCGUUAUAAAUUUUUCGAUACUUUAUAAAAGUAAAAAAAUUUUUUUUUUUAAGUAUAUAACUUUCUUU